GCGAGAAGCUAUUUGGGGAGUCUCACAGGAGGUUUUCACCUUCGCUCAAGAAGUAGAGCGCAAAAUACCCGAAUACCUGCUCGUGACGUCAGCACUACAAUUAUGUUCAUCUAGUACGUCAAGUAGCGGCCCAUCUCCAACCACAGAAUCUUACUUUUAGCUGUUUUCCGUGUGCGUAAGAUGUACUGAAUGCAAAAGAUUUUUCUUCAAUACUCGGACAUCAAGGGGAACAACUUCUAACUACUAUAAAAGAUGUAGAUGCAAAUAAAUGAAUGCAAAAAAUUUCUAAAAGAUGGGCUCUUCAGAAGCAAGUAGACCACCUCUUCUAAUGCAAGUUUUCAGUACAGAAAACAAUAAUUUCUGUCAAGUUGCACCUUUGGAUCCAAUUAAGUAUGAGCAGUGUGCUUCGGUCCUUUCGCAGAUGAGCGCGGAUGAGCGGCGGCGUAAAUUCGUUCCCUUUCCAAGGCUGAACUUCGGGUCUGGGGAUGGGAUAGACCCUUUGCUGUUCGGCACAGAGCAGCAAGGCGACACGACACAGCAGAGUGGGAACAAUAUUAAGGGGCUAGAUAGAGCAUAUGUAACUAGAUAGAGCAGAUGUAAGGGUUUCGACAUUGCAUUCUUCACUACAACCAUCCUUCACUCGUUUUCCAGUAGGAAAAGGGUCAAGGAUGUUCUGAAGCAUGUCUAAUUCCAUAGCCUCUAACAAUAGUCCGAAUAAUCGUGGCGACGCUGGUGCGCAAGGCGCAGGUGCUGCAACCGAUGCGGCCGGCUCCACGGACGGAGCUUCGACUGCGGGUGCAUCGACUGCAGUGACUAAAAUUAAGGGUUAACCAAUUCCAUCCUCCACAACCAUCUCACACUCUCUUUCUAGUAGGAAAGAGGUGGGGGAUGUGCUGAAGAAUGUAAUGUGGUAACCUUUAAUAAAAGGAGACAGGACGACGAUGAACGCUCCGAGGAAUCAGAGGAAGAGGAGAUCGAUG